AUGCUCGACGCUCAUCCAUUGCCCCAGAUUGGAUCAUGGGCUCAAUUGAUGGAAGACGAGGAGCCACCUGAGCCGCAACUGGAAGAACAAGGGAAAAGCAAAGACGCUAAAGAACUUGGUGGCGAUAAUGUUGGCUUGCCGAUUUCCUCGCUCUGCGUUUGUGUCAAGAAUUUGCCUCCAAAAGUGUCUCUUGAAGAAAUCUUCUUGCAUUUUGGUGGAAGAGAUAAGGUUGAGCGCAUCUACUUCAUCAGCGAAGAUAGGUCGUGUCUUCUCGCAUUGACUUCAGAUUUGGCAAAGAAAGCUGCACGGGAGCUUGACGAGAGCUACAUAUUCAAGGAGCAAAUCAAAGUGUCUCUGGCUCAUCCCAAAGAUCCGGAAACAUAUUAUAAACAAGCUGAUCCUAUGCCUUCACCUGGACUUAGUCCUAAUGCUACUCCAUUUGUGCCACGUUCUCGCCUGUCAUCCCGCCAGUCAUUCUCGCCGACUGGUCUUCAAAUGAUAAGUCCACGGACUGAAUGCCAUGGCUUCAGUCCGAGCAGCAUGGGCUCAACAUGUGAAUCCAACCAACCGGUCCAACAGCAGCAUCUUCCACCUCGUCCACAUCAGCAGGACUACCAAAGGCCAUUCACGAUCACGAAUAGUGAUCGACAACGCUCGACGUCAUAUCAACAAGGAUCUGAAUAUGGAAAGUUUUCAAAGCAAAGAUACGACGGAUUGGCCACGAGCAAUCCUCAUUCACCGGCUUUAAAAAUUCCAAGUCAAAGUGUUGGUCCGACGGCAACGGUAAGGAAGCCAACAAGUGUUGAGCUUUAUGGAGAGGCCAAACCAGUUGAUACGGCGACAAAAUUCGGGGAGAUUGACGACAAAUUGAGGCAAGCGGCUCGAAAAGAAACGCAACAAAUGCCGAUGGAAGAGGCAAAGCCUUCAACGACACAUUCAAUAAAGUCGAAGUCGGUGCUUAAUGACUCACACAAUGAUAGCAUUGGCAAUGUCGAUGUUAACAUGGCGUCCAGAAGCGAAAACAAAAUGGAUUCAGUCCCUAAACAAAGCACUCAGUCUGCUUCACCGGUUCCCUUCAAAGAUUACGGAUCAGUCACAAUUCAUCGUCGUCGAAAUGAUCCAGAGGUUACUGAUUCACCCGCACCUAUUGAUCCUGUACAACAUCCUGUUGCGCCCAUUGUCGAAGCGGUUGCAAAGAAUGAGAGCCCUCGAACGCGCACAUUCAGUCGUACAAGCACACAUCCAAGUCGCUCUAACUCGGAUAUGUUCAAGAAUCACAUCGUGAAACAUUUGGGUUCUCAAAUUGAAAGUGAUCGCUCUCGGAAGGAAAGCACGAAAACCGAAGAAACCCGGGAAACGUGUGGUGAAGCAUUGAACCGGGGGAAACCUCCCUUGGACAAAACUUCUUCGUCCCGUGGCCCACAUGGACAAAGCAAUGUUGCUAAUCGUGUGACAGGACAGCCAUACUCCCUGAAGUCAAACCAACCAAAGCCUUUACCACAUCGAGAUGGACGCAAAGAUCCCUUUAAAAACGAUCAUCCCGUUGAAAAUGCAAAAAAGAUGACGGCUGAUGACUCAAAGCAUCAAAAUAAGGAAAACAAUAAGAAAAAGUCAAACAAGGAGAACAAGCAAUCGGAGCAAGUGACCAAGACGAACUCAAUUCUUGACAAAAAUCCUUUCAGCGCUCUUCAAGGACUCGAAAACAAU